AUGCAGCAAGUGCAUCUUGGUCGAGGCCCGCUCGGCCAUCUGGUCGUCAACCCAACAGAUGAGACACUGAAGGCAGUCUACGCGAGUGAACAUGCGGCACAGGAGUCAAUUCUGCUCAAAAGAUGUCCUGCAGAUAUCUGGCCGGGUGGGACAUCGUACACUUAUGGCUGCCCACGACCAAUUCUCAUGUACAAGCGCCACCACAACCAAUUGGUCCUCUUUCACGAGUCCAUCGUCAUUGCCAUAGCAGACAUUGUCAAAAGAUGGUUUGCAGACAAAGACGCGAGAUUCCCUGAGAGGAUGCCUCUGCUGAAAGAUGAAGAAGAACUUUUGCAGUGGCUGGAUACGCAAGUCGAACAGGGUAACCUUGCGCCCUAUUCGGCAGCGACUCUCGGAUCUUGGAGACCUGAUUUUCUCGUUGAAGACGACAAAGAUGACGAAAACUUUCGUCUUACUGAGAUCAAUGCCCGAUUCUGCUUCAAUGGCUUCAUGCACGGUAGCUAUGGACAGACGGCCCUCGAUGGCCUCGGUAUGGAGAAGUCAGGACUGGUCGGUGCCGCAGACGGAGAAGAGUUUUUCAACGGACUCCUCCGCCUCUUUCGCCAUGAUCGACCUCUCCAUCUUCUGAAGGGCGAAGAGCACGGGAUUGACAUUGGCAUGUUCAUUCAUGCUGUCCAGCUUCGCCUCGGCGUCACCCCGCGCCUGAUAACGCCCAGUGAUUUGAGAUUGAUUCCUGACCCCGAGGAUGCCAGUCGCACCAUACUCUGCUGCUUGGUAAAAUCGUCCCCAAACACUACAUCAACGCUAAAGUCGCUAAGCGGAGAGGCGGUGGAAGAGAUUCAUCAAGUCGGGCUGGAGCUUCGACAGCACGAGCUCGCCGCCCUGGAUCCCGAAGUGAUGCACCACAUCAGCCUGCGCUGCUUCAACGACAUGCGCACCAUCCUCCUGGUCCACGACAAACGCAUGCUGGGCAUUAUCCAGCAGGAGCUGCCGGCCAUGGUGGUCCGUGGCGUCCUGACGGUGGAGCAGGCGCAGGCGCUGGACAGAGGCAUCGCGGACACGGCUCUACCCGGGUCGCAGCGCAUGCAGGACCUGCUCCACCAGUCUCACGCCGAUCCCGCCGUCAAGGACGAAUACCUGCUGAAGCCGGUACGCGGCGGCAAGGGAGCGGGGAUCGUGUUCGGCGAGGACCUCGACGCGGACCAGUGGCUGGCUGCGCUCCGAGACCUGCAGAGCCCCCGCCUAAAUCCUGCAGGUGCCAGCUUCGUGGCACAGCGCAAGGUCGUGCAGCACAACUACGAGCUGGUGCUGAAGCACUCCGGGGAGGUGUGCACGCAGCCUCUGGUCGGGACGUACCACGCCGUGCACGGCGCGUACCUCGGGAUUGGCACUUGGCGCAGCAGCGGCGGUCGCAUUUGCGCCGUGAGCAGCGGAGGUGCCUGGAUCUGCUCCGUGAUUAGUCGCGAUUGA